UCUUGGUAUCAAAGACACAGAGGAGGAGGACUUGAGAGAGAUUGCAUCCUAUCCAUAUAAAAAGUUUGUUUUCAAUGUUAAAGAAUUUCAUGAACUAAAUUCACUUUCAAAUAUUUUAACCAGAACACUUUGCAAUCAAAUCACAGAUUCCUUGAUACCUACAGGAUCACAGAGCUUUGCAUUACAAGGUUGCAAGGAAACAACCAACGCCGACAUAUACUUUCUUUUGGAUGAUUCAGGAAGUAUUCAAAAUAAUGAGUUUGAUGAUAUGAAAGCCUUUACUAAACAUUUGCUUGAAGCAUUUGAGAUUGGACAAAACCAUGUGCGCUUUGGGUUGGUUACAUUUGCAAACAACGCAAACAUAGUUUUUAGAGUACAUGAAUAUAACUCAAAAGCUGAUAUCGAAAAUGCAGUGACAUCCCUCGAACAUAAGGGAGGGGCACCAGGACUGAUCUGGGAUUGAGAGAAAUGAUAAAGCUGUUCGAUAAUGCAGCACAAACACAUGGGGAAGAGGUCCGAAAGAUUCUUAUUGUCAUCACGGAUGGCGAGUCAAUAGGGACAGACGAGCCCGUAAAAGUACCUGCUGAUCUGCUGAGAACAGAACAUAAUGUCAUCAUUUAUGCUAUUGGUGUGAAAAAUGCAUCUGUGCCAGAGCUGGAAGAUAUAUCUGGCAGCCCACAAAGAACAUUUUAUGUCAAAAACUAUGAUUUCCUUAAUGAAAUCAAGAAAGAUAUCAUUACAGAAAUAUGCGGUUGUGAAGGUCUUUUGGCAGAUGUUGUCUUUCUGCUUGAUGGAUCAGAAAGCGUUCAUGCUGAGGACUUUGAAAAUAUGAAGGAGAUAAUGAAGCUUGUGAUAGAUAAGUUUGCAAUUGGACUGGACAAGGAGCGUGUUGCAGUUGUUCAGUACGGCACAAACACAAAGGAGGAGUUUUCCUUAAAUACAUUUAAAGAUAAAGAUAAAUUAUCAGAGGAAAUUAUGAAUAUUAAACAGAUGAAUGGAGAAACGAAGACUGGAAACGCACUUACAGAAGUAUUAAAAUCUUUCGCCAUUUCUAAAGGAGGACGCUGCAGUGCUUUAAAGUUCUUGAUAGUUCUUACAGAUGGAGAGAGUAGGGAUGAUGUAGCCGAGCCUGCUAAAGUCUUGAGAGACAAUUUCAUCAACAUUAAUGCCAUUGGUAUGAAACAUGCAGACAGAUCUCAGAUUCUUGACAUUGCUGGAUCCCAUAAUGGAUCCGAAGAAGGAGCAUUCUUUGAAGAAACAUUUGCUUCCUCAAAAGACUUAAGUAAUGCCAUCAUUCCCACGAUCUGCAACACAGAAUGCAAGACAAAACAAAUUAUUGACGUAAUCUUCCUUGUUGAUGCCUCUGGACGUCGCAAUAAAGAUGGUUUUCAAGAAAUUAUAAACUUAAUGAAAUAUAUGGUGAGCAAAUCUGUAGUUGGAGAAAAACAGGUACGAUUUGGGGCCAUCACAUACUCUGACAACCCGCAGUUGGAGUUCACACUAAAUCAGUACUACAGUCAAACUGAUAUUCAGAGAGUUAUCUCAAACCUCAAAGCUUCAGGAGGACGCAGAAACACGGCCGGAGCCCUGAAGUAUACACUCAACUACUUUGAUAAAAAACAUGGUGGACGACGGGAAGAGAAAGUUCCCCAAGUGCUAUUUCUGAUUACAGAUGGCAAGGCUAAUGACUUUAAUGGUCUGGCAAAAUGGCUUGAAACCCUGGCAGAGUCAAAUGUCAUCUUUUUUGCUAUUGGUAUUCAAGAUGCCGAUAAGACACAGCUAAAUCAGAUGGUGGGAUAUGAAGGAACAGUGCACUAUGCGAACACCUACAAUGAUCUGUGUGGACUACAAAAACAGGUCGCCCAAGAGCUCUGCGAACCAAUUUGUGAGAGGACACAGUUAGAUCUUGUUUUUUUAAUUGAUGGAUCAGAGUCUAUUAAAAAUGAAAGUUGGGUUGCUCUCAAAAGAUACAUGAUUGGCAUUGUGAGAGAGCUGGAUAUUGCUAAAGUCAAAUGGCAAGUGGCUGUUGCCCAGUUCAGCGAUAUAUUCAUGCAUUACUUUUACCUGAACACAUACAAUAGUUUUGAAGGAGUGAAGAAAGCUAUAAAAAAUAUUGAUCAGCGAGAACAGGGCACAUUUACGUGGAAUGCCCUGAGAAAUAUUCGAUACUACUUCACAAAAGAGAAUGGAUCCAGAAUAGAUGAACGAGUCGCUCAGAAUCUUCUGCUGAUCACAGACGGAGAUGCUAAAGAUAAGGAAGACUUGACUGCAGUAAAAUAUCUCAGAGACAAGGGCAUAUCAAUUACUGCCAUUGGGAUAGGCAAAGAAAUACAGAAACAUGAGUUGCAGAAAAUGACUGGAGAGAAUCAGGUCCUUAUUGAAUCUUUUGAUGGCCUUGAACUGAUGACAACCAGAAGGAGAGUGUUACAUUUACUCUGUGCCCACAUCCCAGACGAUCAACCCACACGUGAUUGUGAUAUUGACAUUGCCUUUGGGUUUGACGUGUCCAGACGAACAAGCACACAAACUCUGUUCACACCUCAGGUGAAACAGUUGGUUUCUGCAGCCAUCCAUCGUAUCUCCAUGAUUGGUGAUCUGUGCUGCGUCGCAAAGGACAAGAUUAUAACUAGAUUUGGCUAUAGGCUUGUGUCUGGGACAGAUGGGAGUGUUCUGGAUGAAUAUGGCUUUGACAAGUACAGCCAGGGUGUGGUGGAGAAAGUGAUGUCAUGGCAACCUAAGGCACCCCUGGACUUCAACAAGCUUCUGUUAGAUUCCUUCAGAGAAAAGUUCGCCUCUUCCAAAGCCAAGGCAAAGGUUUUGAUAAUCUUCACAGACGGGCUGGAUGAUGAAAUUGAGCGUUUAAAGGAGAGAUCAGAGACACUUAGGCAAAGUGGGGUCAGUGCACUGCUGAUUGUGUCUUUGGAGGGAACAGUAGACUUUCACGAGCUGGAAUUUGGCAGAAGUGUCGGCCCAUCGCAGCCACUGUCCAUCAACAUGCUAAAUGUAGGCAACGCUCUCAUGAAACAGAUUGAAACAGUAGCGCUGAGGGAAUGCUGCGAUGUGCCUUGUUCAUGCACUGGUGAUCCUGGACCUCGAGGACCCCCUGGAAACCCGGGUAAAAAGGGCUUCGAUGGUCAGAAGGGCCAUCCUGGAUUUCCAGGAGAUGAAGGUAGUAUGGGAGAGAGAGGACCACCAGGACCGAAUGGAUCUAAGGGACACAAUGGUUGCCGCGGAAACAGAGGAAUGAAGGGCCAGAGAGGCAUCGCUGGAAAUAAAGGUGAAGCUGGGGAAGAUGGGCUGGAUGGAGUGGAUGGAGAACAGGGUGAUGCUGGCCUAAAUGGGCUUCCAGGACCUAAAGGAGACCCGGGCAGUGCUAAUAUGAAGGGUUUCAGAGGCAGUCCUGGACCUAAGGGACACAGCGGAGUGAGAGGAGAUCCUGGUGCACCAGGAAGAGACAACACAAUCCGAGGUCCAAAAGGCGAGAGGGGAGAUACUGGGCUCCCGGGUGACCAGGGCCUUCCUGGACCCUCAGGCAGACCUGGAGAUAACGGUGAUCCUGGUGCUCCAGGAAGAAAAGGCCGACCAGGAGCGCCGGGUGCAUCUUCAAAUGCCAAAGGAGAAGCUGGACAGCCAGGGCUUCCUGGUUAUCCUGGACAAGUGGGACCACCAGGCCAGAAUGGGUUUCAAGGAGACAAAGGUCCUCCAGGUGUACCUGGAAUGCAGGGUCCCUUUGGGCGAACUGGACCUGAAGGUUCAAAAGGAGGUCGAGGACCCAGAGGACCAAGGGGUCCACCGGGUGACCCGGGACUCAAGGGAUCACAGGGACCAGAGGGAUUCAAAGGACCUCUGGGACAAGAUGGAAGAGAUGGGUAUGGACCUGCAGGGCUCAAAGGACACAAGGGAAACAAUGGAUACUUUGGCCUCCCUGGUUUGCAGGGUGAGGAUGGUACCAAAGGAUCCAGUGGAAGUAAAGGACAUAAAGGUUAUCGAGGAAACCGGGAAACACGGGACGUCCGGGUACUGAAGGUCCUCCAGGAGACAAUGGGAUGGAUGGACACAGGGGUGAAAAAGGUCCUCCUGGAAUCAGUCCAAUGCCCGAAUGUGACCUGGUCGAACACAUACGCAAAAACUGUCCUUGCUGCUCCGGUAAUGGUACCCAGUGUCCAGUUUACCCCACAGACCUGUUGAUAGCUUUGGACAUGUCUGCGGGUGUAACUCCUCAAGUUUUCCAGCGGAUGCGUUCUGCGGCUCUUUCCUUAUUGGAAGACAUUUCCAUUGCUGAAACAAACUGUCCACAAGGAGCACGGGUGUCUGUGAUCGCCUACAACAGCGAGUCCAGGAUCCUGAUCCGUUUCACAGACCACCUGAAGAAGAAGACCCUUCUGGAAGCUGUAAGAACAUUACCUCUAGAGAGAACCACAAAAACCAGA